AGGGAGGGAAAAUUGGGAAUCACAACUCACAACUCUGAUUUUCUCUUUUUCUUCUUCCGUGUUGAGAAUCAAUCCAUUACAUUCCCAUCUGUGAAACCCUAAAUCAAGGAAACAGCUAUGGCUUCUUCUUCUUCAUUGAGCAACUACGAUAUCCCAUGGGUAGAGAAAUACAGGCCCAACAAGGUUAUGGACAUCGUGGGCAAUGAAGACGCCGUCUCUAGGCUUCAGGUCAUCGCUCGCGACGGAAAUAUGCCCAACAUCAUAUUAUCAGGCCCUCCUGGAACUGGUAAAACCACUAGCAUACUUGCUUUAGCACACGAGCUGCUGGGACCAAAUUAUAGAGAGGGUGUACUAGAGCUAAAUGCUUCAGAUGAUAGAGGCAUAGAUGUUGUGAGGAACAAAAUUAAAAUGUUUGCACAGAAAAAAGUAACACUCCCUCCUGGCCGGCACAAGGUAGUUAUAUUGGAUGAAGCUGAUAGCAUGACAUCUGGAGCACAACAAGCUUUGAGGCGGACAAUGGAAAUCUAUUCCAACUCCACCCGAUUUGCUCUUGCAUGCAAUACUUCUUCCAAAAUUAUUGAGCCAAUUCAGAGUAGAUGUGCCCUUGUUCGGUUUUCAAGACUAUCUGAUCAACAGAUACUUGGUCGUCUGAUGGUAGUUGUUGAAGCAGAAAAGGUUCCUUAUGUUCCGGAAGGUCUUGAAGCCAUUAUUUUCACUGCUGAUGGUGAUAUGAGGCAGGCUCUGAAUAACUUGCAAGCCACACACAGCGGUUUCCGUUUUGUCAACCAAGAAAAUGUUUUCAAGGUUUGUGACCAGCCACACCCAUUACAUGUGAAGAAUAUUGUGCGUAAUGUUCUUGAAGGGAAAUUUGAUGAUGCAUGCUUUGGUCUCAAGCAGCUAUACGAUUUGGGCUAUUCUCCCACUGACAUUAUCACAACAAUUUUCCGUAUCAUUAAAAACUAUGACAUGGCUGAGUAUUUGAAAUUGGAAUUCAUGAAGGAAACUGGGUUCGCUCAUAUGAGAAUCUGCGAUGGAGUUGGUUCAUAUCUUCAGUUAUGUGGUCUUCUUGCAAAGCUUUCUAUAGCUCGUGAAACAGCUAGAGCUUCUUAAGAAAGCAGUUAAACUGCAAUUAGGAGCUUCUUAUGUCUUAAAGGUGAAGAUGGUUAAUGUAAACAUUAGUAUUUUUGCUGUUCAGAUAGUUUAUUUUGUCAGAAAAUCUUAACAAUUACUAUUUUGAUGGAAGUUUAUGGAGAAACUUUCUACCAGUAAAAUAGUUUAGGCAUGAAUUUUUCUCCUCUUUUAUUUUUGGAUCUUAGAGUUUGAAAACUACUCGAGUCUGAUUAUGUGUCUUAAAGCUCUAAGACUUUACUUUGUUAAAAGUAGGAAGUAUAAUUUUAGUGUGAACUGUGAGCUUCUCUUCUAUAAUGGAAGUUUUACUAUGUAGCUGAAAAGUACAUGUUUGCUGUUGGGAUUGGUUAGCAGCAAAAAUGAAGUCACAUCUAAUUCUAAAGAAGGAAGAGGAAGAUCAUUAAUGUCUAUGAGCUCAUGAGUAUGCUAGAGCUGGUACAGGAAUUUUUGGAGUGCUUAAAACAAUGCGAAGGAUUUACAUUGAGAAAGACAAUUUUGAUCAUAGUCAAACCUCCUGAAGUGAGAGAGCAGUCAUGGAAGAACUUGCCACCAAAAACUGCAACCAUUUUCGUAAUGAUGCUUCUUGUAAUAGAUUGACUAGAAAUCCAAUCCCAAGUUGGGUUAAUCAACUUGCCAGAGUCAGAUUUAUGUGCAACUAUGUUCUUCCUGUGACUUUAAAUUCAACAACUUUGCAUCAUAGAGUUGAAUAAUAAACCCUUACCUUUACUUUAGAAAGGAGAGAAGAAAAUAAUCAAGUCAAAUGUGUUGACUUCUUCCAAUUCUUCGUCUUCUUCUCUCUGGAACCACCACUUGCAGAGGUAGAAGCAGAGCCAGACCACCUCUUCCUCCGCCUUGGCCUCUGAUAGUCAGUUCUUCAGCAUCUUGGUUGUUGAAAGUUGAAGCAACUCUUGUCCACUCACAUUGUAAAAAACCUUUACAGGAGCAUUAAGAAAAAUCAAAAUGAAGUUUUUAAUUAUACAUCAAUAUCUUUUGGCAUUCUAAUAAUGCUACCACCAUCUAUGCAAAACCAUGGAGCACAUAUUUGUAAAUGGGUUUUGUUGAGGUAAAAAUUUAAAUAUAUGAAUAGUUGUCGUUUAUACGAGUCAACCUUGCGUCAUUGAUUGGGGGGUCUCUAGUCUUUAUCUCCGGUAAAGUUUCUUCCAAUUUUUUUUUUCUUCUCCUCUUCUAUUUUCUCCCCUUUACUACUUUUGACACAUUUUUUAAAAAUAUUUGUUAGCCUUUUUGGGUAUACUAUUAAUUGUAGCCAA